CUGCUCAUUACUUUCUAGCAGACACAUUCAGUCCACUUGCUGCAAAUAGCUGAUUCCUCGGUCCGCUUGGAAGUGGCAUAAUGUAUCAGGAUUGCAAUAAUUCUUAUUAACCGAUAGUCACGUUAGAGAAAUGCUCGCUCAUCUGCUUUUUAUUUCCGAGGAUUACAUUGUAUUUUAGUUCAAAGCCGUUAUGGAAAAGCGGACAUCCGAAAGGCCUCGAAUAAACGAUGCAUUUAUCAUCACGGCAAAAUGUGAAAACGGCAACGUGGAUUUUAUUACAGAUGACGUUCAGCACCGAAAAGUUGGUGGUGCAACGGUGCUGAGAAAAGCAGAAUUGGACAUCUUGCUGCUGCCUUUUUGUCCCUUUACUGGAUCUAAUUUUACACAAUUAGUGUAAUCAUAGAAGAGUAAAAUGUUUUUCCUGUGAUCUUUAAGAAUGGCGAUGGGAUAUAGCUUUAGGAUCUGUAAGGGUCAGUUUGGGAAGCGAGGAGGCCAUUUAAAGUUUAUCCAUUACUUCUGCAUAACAUUCUUCUGUAUCUCUCUGCUAGCUUUACUCUUUAUUGACGUAAUUGAAUUGUGGGUAACCUCGCUGGGCAUGAGCAAAGCGAUUGGUCCUCACGGAGUAGUCAUUCCACACAGUAUACCCCCGAUCCGUUCCGAAGAGUACUUGUUUAUGCCUAGCAUCCACGUCUGCCAGCGUGCCAAACCUUACCUCAUCAUUUUGGUGGCAUCCGCACCUCGAAACAGAAAGGCCCGCCAAGCCAUUCGUGACACCUGGGGUGGGGAAAUUCAAGUCAGGGGUCACCGAGUCAUGACCCUCUUUAUUGUAGGUCAGCCAUUUGACCCAGUUAUUGGCAAAGAAUUAAUAGAAGAGUCAAAGGAGCGUGGGGACCUCAUACAGGGUCGCUUCAUGGACUCCUAUGGCAACUUGACCCUGAAAACUCUAUCUAUGCUGGGCUGGGCACGCCGUUUCUGUCCACAGGCUCACUACCUGGCUAAGGUAGAUGACGAUGUAUUGUUUAACCCUAGCGCACUGCUGCAAUAUCUCAACCUCAGCUUUAAAACAGAAGAAAAUGACCACACAGAACUUUAUCUGGGUCGGGUCCAGAUGAAGGUAGCACCAAACCACAAUCCUGCCAGCAAACACUUCAUGUCAGAAAAUGCAUACACUUAUAAGUUCUUUCCCGAUUACUGCAGCGGAACAGCAUAUGUUCUUUCUCAGGCAGCUUUGCUCAAGCUGUCACUAGCAGCUGACGCCAUACCUUUACCCAGACCAUUGCCCCCAGAGGAUGUGUUUAUAGGUAUUUGUGCUCAGACGGCAGGCAUAACACCUACCCAUUCUCCACUCUUUUCUGGAGGUCCAGCUGUACCAUACAGUCGUUGUUGCUACCAAAUGAUGGUGUCUGUCCACCAUACCAAGCCAGGGGACAUGGUGCACUACUGGAAGGAAGUGCACUCCACUGCCCCAUGUUCGUGGUUGGGUAUGCGGACAUCUUUUGGUAUCUGUAAAAUAAAAGCACUUCUUGGGACACUGUUGGGGACAGACUCCUAAAAUGAAGAUCAUUAAAUCUGCUGAGAUUAUAGGAAAGUAAGUUAUUGUGGAAAAAAGCACAAAGGGUAUUCUUUGGUGAUAAUAUGCACUGCAACAAUUUUGUUAUUAUAAAGUACUUGAAUAGAUGUUCACUGCUUUACCCAGCAUGUACCUUUCAUGAUUACAUUUUUGUGCUCAAAAUGGGCUGGUACGGAAUGGUACGCAGUCCUGGCACUUCUAUAUUAUGAUCUUUAGCAUACCUUCACUUUUCUUGCAAACCAAUGCUUCUUACAUGUUGCCAGUACUUAGUCAUUAAGAGUCAGUGUCUGUCUGGGUGAUUAAUAAUUAUACACUUCAUAAAUUACACUACCCAAGAGGAGACACCAUGAGAUCACGUGAAUGCAAGUGGA